AGCAAAUGGUCCUCGUUGAACUAUAUACAGUUAUACACGUUGCUUGCUUUGUGAAUGAAUUGUUGUUGUCCGAUUCAGUAAGAUGUGCACCUCUAGCUCCUAGAUUAGUAUUAGAAAUAACUUAUGCUUUACAUUUUCUGAAAUUAGAACUGAAAGUGAUGAGUUUAGAUUGUUCUACAUUUUAGACUUUCAUGAAAGUCCCUUCUUGUUGCUAAAACUCAGGUUGUUGUUACUCUGAACUUUACAUCGCAACUAAAUUGAAAAUUGAAAUGCUAUUUGGUAUUGCAAUUAUAGGACUUUUGAUUGCAAUUAUAAAAGUUCCAUUGGAGAAUGAUAAUCCGAUUAUAAAUAGAUGGGGAAUAUAAUGCGUUUUGGUUCUACAUUAUAAAUAUUUAGCACCUUUCCGUUAAAAAAUAAAACAAUUAGCACCUAAUCUAGAGGCUUUCAUUAUUAAAAAAGUGUAGAAUUUGGUAGAUGUACUAACAAGCUUGAGAUACUUUCUGGAGUUUACAGGAAGCUUACUGGGAAAGAAAUAGUUUUUAAAUGUACCAUAAUGGAGGCCUGAGCUAGUCUUUGUGUUUGCCUACUUUGAAAGCCUUCUUGGCUUACUAAAUUUUCACUUUUUUUUUCUAGCAAAAGAAAAGGGUACUCUUUUAUUGAGAUGUUGGUGAAGGAGGAACAUACGGUACGUUUUUUUUCUUAUGCGGAUUCUUUAGUCUAACGAUUAAUGAUGGGCAUAAUAAUAAUUACGUAACUGAAUUCAUCCAUUAAUUGGUAGAAAGGAGGACUAUUCAACUAAGUAAAAUAAAAAUUGAGUAUUCAUCAUGCCAUUGUCCUUCUGAGAGAGAAAGUGAAGUAAUACUAGUACUUUGCUCUGAGAAAAUCAGUUCCACUACUAGGCUGAGAAAAAAAUUCUAGUUACUUUAUCAUUGCAUAAAAGAGCAAGGCAUGAGAGUACAUCCAUGCAAGUUGCUUCUGCAUAAUUGGAAAGGGCAGUAGACUGGGAUAGGACUGUAUCAUGUGACUAUAUGCUUUUUCUAUUCACGAUCAUAAUAUUGUAUAGUUCUGCAUAAAUGGAGCAUGAACACUAUUACACAGGAGGGCAUAACUGAAUCGUUUAUAAAGUUUUGAGAGUAUGAUUGAAACGAAAACAAUCAAAAGGAGCUUACUUGUUAUCUGAGGCACUGCACUUUUAUUUGUCAACAUUGAGUCCAUGCACUUCUAAUUUUGAAGAUAUUAGGUCCCUCUGUCACAAAAAUGAAGUGCGUGUGUUUUUAUUUGUUUUGUUUACAGUGACUUCAUUGAAAUUUAGUUCGCGCACUUUUAUUUUGUCGACAUUAAGUCCCUAAAUUCUUCUCUCGGUCUAAAUUAGCACUGUCAAUACUUUUUGUGACGGAGGGACUGAAUAUUGACAAUUAGAAGGGCAGGGAUUCAAUGGCAAAAACAAGACAAGCGCAGGGACCUAAAAAUGCUUUAUGGCUAAAUCUUUCCAAGCCUAAAAUAGUUAAGGCCAUAUAAAAUAAUAAUGGGUUUAAUGAAUAUACCACCUUGGAUAUGGUAAUCAUGACAUGUAAAAUUAAAUGUGACCUUAAAUGCAUUGUAAAAUAAAAAGAAAAUUGUUCAUUGGAUGGAGUAUUGCAAUAGUGACAUGGAAUCGUCACCCUGUGAAUGAAUGAAUGAGCUCAUUCUUUCACUCUUUUUAGCUUUUAUUCCUCCCUUUAUAUUCCUACCAAAUUCCUCCAAAUUCCUUCUUCUUAAGCCUCACUUUCCUUCUUCCCUCUACCCUCUUUCAACUCUCUCUCUCAUAUGGCAACAAAGCCAAAUGAAACUGUGCCAGAGCAGCUGAAAUACCAGACUUGGGUCUUGAAAGUCUCAAUCCAUUGUGAAGGCUGUAAGAAGAAAGUGAAGAAAAUUCUUCAAGGAAUUGAUGGUGUUUUUAUUACAGAUAUUGAUUCUCAGCUGCAUAAAGCUACGGUGACGGGAAAUGUUGACGCUGUGACGUUACUUAAGAAACUUGCACGAUCAGGGAAACAUGCAGAGCUCUGGCCUGAAAAGCCCGAAACAGGUGAUAACAAGUCGGGAAAGUCCAAGAACAGUGCUGGAAAACAGAAGUCUAGUAAUAAAGAUGUUCAAGAAGUCGGUGCUGGUAAGGAAGGCGACACUGAUGAUAAAAGGAAUCCACCGGAGACUGCUAAAACUGGACUUGACAAUGGUGGUGGUGAUGAUGACCAAUCAGCAGAUGAUGAAAGCCCGGAGUCGGGUGGAGAGUUGAACGCUGCUGCUGCUGCUGCUAAUUCCGGGAGUACCGGGAAUGGAGGUAAGAAGAAGAAAAAGAAGAAGAAGAAAGGACAAAAUGGUAGUAAUCCUAAUAAUGGUGGCGGCGGCGGUGGCGGCGCAGCUGUUGAAGCUACCGUGCCUCCUAAUGCUGUAGCUCCGGACACAGCUACUCCAUUUACUCUGCCACUGAACAACAAUCAUCCACAUUAUCAUCAUGCAUAUGAUUCGUAUCCGCCACCGCCGGAAUACUGCGUACCGCCUCUAUCAGCAGCAGCAUAUGGAGUAAUAAGCUACAACACAACAUAUCCUAAUUCUACUGCAUCUUACUAUGCACCUUCCAUGGCUAUGCAUGCUCAUGUCUAUUCUCAUCAUCCUGAGAGAUACCAGCCACCAGCUCCACCGUUCGAACCUAUAUAUAACGAUCAUGACGAUUAUGAUUAUGAUCAUCAGAGUGAAUGCUCAAUCAUGUGAGAAAAAUUUAAUUAUACAUGAUUAUGUACCCAAGUAAUAUUUAUGUGUAUAAUUAAUUAAGUGUAUGGAAUGGAGUGAGAUGAUCAUAAGAAAGCAUUUCCAUUAAUAAUAACUAAGAUGUUCAAAGUGUACGAGUACUAAUCAUAAAUUUUGAUUUUUCUUA